ACGGCAGCACAAAAAGGUUUAGUCCAGUCUUUCCAAGUUAGUGGAUUUUAUUUUAUUUUAUUUUAUUAUAGGCUACCUGAGCUUUAGCGAUGUUACGGGUUGUAGUAGAAUCCGCGAAAAAUCUUCCUAAGAAGAGAGUUGGAAGUCCCGAUCCAAUUACAUCUGUGAUUUUUAAAGAUGAAAAGAAGAAAACAAAAUCAAUCGACAGUGAGCUGAAUCCUGUGUGGAAUGAGGUGCUUGAAUUUGACUUAAAGGGCACUGCUCUGGACUCUGCCUCCUACAUAGACGUGAUUGUGAAAGACUAUGAAACUCUUGGGAAAGACAAAUUCCUUGGCUCAACCAAAAUCCCUUUGAGAGACCUUGCCACAGGUCAAGUGAGAUCACUGCCGUCCAAAAAUGUCCCUUUGGUCAAUGAAAGUGGUCAAAAUAUUGGAGCUACAAUCGACCUGGUGAUUGGUUAUGAUCCUCCACCAAAUGCCAUCAUGAACCCAAAUGACCCCCAAGGAGGAGAUGCUUCAGCGGAUGCAGCUGGUGGUGGCGAGGAGGGUGAUGAGAAUGUGAUGGACGGGGGGCAAAGUGGCCCCGCAGGAGGCUCGUCCUCCCCGGGCCAGUCUGUCAACCUCAACCAGCGGCUGGCCAGGAGGGCACGGACCCGCCACCCACUAGCCAACAAACCUCAGGACUUCCAGAUCCGGAUCCGCGUCAUUGAGGCACGUCAGUUGCCUGGCAACAACAUCAAACCGGUGGUGAAGGUGAACGUGUGCGGGCAGACCCACAGGACAAGGAUCAAGAGGGGGAACAACCCCUUCUUUGAUGAGAUGUUCUUCUACAAUGUACACAUGCUACCAUCUGACCUGUUUGAUCAAUACAUCAGCAUUCGAGUGUAUAAUUCCUAUUCUCUGAGGGCGGACAGUCUUAUGGGGGAAUUCAAGCUGGACGUUGGCUAUAUCUAUGACGAACCUGCCCACUGCAUCAUGAGGAAGUGGCUCCUGCUGAAUGACCCAGAUGACUCCAGCUUGGGGGCCAGGGGUUACCUCAAAGUCAGCCUCUUCCUGGUGGGGACGGGGGAUGAGCCACCGGUGGAGAAGCGGGAGCCUAAUGACGACCAGGACGACAUAGAGAGCAACCUGCUUCUACCAGCUGGUGUGACUCUGCGAUGGAUCACACUGUCACUCAAGGUGUUCAGGGCUGAGGACAUUCCCCAAAUGGACGAUGCAUUUGUCCAGUCAGUGAAAGAACUUUUUGGAAAAGAUGCAAACAAGAAGAACCUGGUGGAUCCCUUCUUAGAAGCUCGCUUUGCUGGCAAAAAGCUGUGCACACAGGUCAUUGAGAAGAACGCUAACCCUGAGUGGAACCAACUCCUGAACCUUCAAGUCAAGUUCCCCUCCAUGUGUGAGCGCAUCAAACUGACAAUCUUUGAUUGGGAUCGUUUGACCAGAAAUGAUGCGAUUGGCACCACAUACCUGAACCUGGCCAAGAUAGCUUCCUCUGGUGGAGAGGUAGAAGAGGAACAUGCGGGAAAUGGGGAUAUACCGUCAUAUGAAGCUAACACAGGAGAGUCUGAGGUGGGCUUCCUGCCUGCCUUUGGACCCUGUUACGUCAACUUGUACGGCAGCCCCAGAGAGUUCACCGGCCUGCCAGACCCCUAUGAGGAUCUCAAUUAUGGCAAGGGGGAGGGAGUUGCAUACAGAGGCAGGGUCCUUGUUGAGCUGUCCACUAAAGUAGAAGGCAAAGCAGACAAGACAGUAGACAGCAUCUCCAGUGAUGACAUCCUGGUGGCCCAGAAGUACCAGAGGAGGAGGAAGUAUUGCCUGUGUGCCGUCUUCCACAGUGCCAGCAUGAUACAGGAGCCUGGUGAGCCAAUCCAGUUUGAGGUCAGCAUCGGUAACUAUGGCAACAAACUGGACACCACCUGCAAGCCAUUGGCCUCCACCACCCAGUACAGCUGUGCUGUGUUUGAUGGUAACCACUACUACUACCUGCCCUGGGCUGAUACCAAGCCAGUGGUUGUAGUCACCUCGUUCUGGGAAGACAUCAGCCAUCGCCUGGACGCUGUAAACAUCAUCCUCUACAUCACUCAUCGCCUGCAAUCUAACCUGAAAGCAUUUAAAAACGCCAUUUGGGCUAAAGUCAAUGACAACCAGCUGGCAGAGGUGUGGAUAAAGCUGCUCAGUCAACUCAUUGAAGACCUAGAAAGUUUCCCAACACCAGAGCUGGACGGCCGACCCAACCUGACAGCCCUGGACAUCCAGAUCAAGAAACUGCGAGACAGCGCCAUGGCAACCAUCAUGGAAGGAGCCCGACGCAUGAGAGAGGAGGCCACAGAGAUCAGAGACACUCUAGCAGACAUUGAAGACUGGCUGGACAAACUGAAGCUUCUGGCUGAGGAGCCUCAGAACAGCAUGCCAGACGUCAUCAUCUGGAUGCUAAGAGGUGAGAAGAGGGUGGCGUACAGCCGCAUCCCGGCUCACCAGGUCCUGUUCUCCACAUACAGCGAGGAGGCCUGUGGACAGCACUGCGGCCGGACACAGACCAUCUUCAUGCAGUACCCCAUGGACAAGAGCAAGGGCUUGAAGGUGCCGGUGCAGAUUAGAGUCAACAUGUGGCUUGGCCUGUCUGCACAUGAGAAGAAGUUCAACUCCUUUUCUGAGGGAACGUUCAGUGUCUUUGCUGAGCUGUAUGAGAACCAGGCCCAGAUGUUUGGGAAGUGGGGGACCACCGGACUGGUGGGCCGCCACAAAUACUCAGAUGUGACGGGCAAGCUGAAGCUGAAACAGGAAUACUUCAUGCCACCCAGAGGAUGGGAGUGGGAGGGUGACUGGUUCAUUGACCCAGAGAGGGGUCUGUUGACGGAGGCAGAUGCGGGACACACUGAAUUUAUGGACGAGGUGUUCCAAAAUGAGACUCGCUUCCCUGGCAGAGAGUGGAAAGCUGCAUCUGAGCCCUUCACCGAUGUGAAUGGGGAGAAGAGCCAGAGCCCGGGAGAGUUUGACUGCCCUCCAGGUUGGAGCUGGGAGGACGAGUGGACCGUGGAUGACAACAGAGCUGUGGAUGAUCAAGGCUGGGAGUAUGGGGUGACCAUUCCUCCAGAUGACAAGCCUCGCUCCUGGGUUCCUGCAGAGAAGGUGUACCACGUUCACCGCAGGAGGAGGCUGGUCCGGCCUCGCAGGAGAGCUGCGCCCCCUGCUGGAACUGCUGUAGAGAGGCGGGACCAAGGUGAUCCAGAGGGCUGGGAGUUCUCCUCACUGAUUGGUUGGAAGUUUCAUAGGAAGGAGCGCUCAUCGGACACGUUCCGUCGGAGGCGCUGGAGGAAGAAGAUGGCACCGGAAGACCGCCUCGGAGCAGCUGCCAUCUUCCAGUUGGAGGGGGCGCUGGGCGUUGACACAGAGGAGAAGGAGAAAGACUCCAAGGCUGACGCCACCAAGCUGUUUGGUGCCAACACACCCACUGUGUCCUGCUCUUUUGACAGGUCAUAUAUGUACCAUCUCCGUGUCUACAUCUAUCAGGCAAGGAACCUGGUGUCCAUGGACAAAGACAGCUUUUCUGAUCCAUACGCACACGUGUCCUUCCUGCAUGUCAGUAAGACGACAGAGAGGCUGCGAGCGACACUCAAUCCAACCUGGGACCAAACUCUGAUUUUCAAUGAUGUGGAGAUUUACGGAGACCCCCAAAACCUUGCUCACCAGCCCCCUGAUGUUGUACUGGAGUUCUACGACAGUGACCAAGUGGGCAAGGAUGAGCUGCUAGGCCGGACUGUUUGUGUCCCUCUGGUGAAACUGAACCCGGGCAUGGACCAGAUACCCAAACUGCUGUGGCACCCAAUCACCCAGAAAGGCCAAAGAGCAGGAGAGGCACUGGUGGCUGCUGAACUCAUCCUCAAAGACAAGUCGACUGAGUCAGAUCUUCCCCUGGUUCCUCCAAAGAGAGCAGAGAACCUCUACAUGGUCCCGCAGGGCAUACGGCCUGUGGUGCAGCUCACCGCUGUGGAGAUCUUGGCAUGGGGUCUUCGGAACAUGAAGCCCUUCCAGCUGGCCACGGUGUCUUCGCCCAGCCUGGUGGUGGAGUGUGGGGGGCAGAGGGUGGAGUCGGCUGUCAUCAAGAACAUGAAGAAGAGCCCCAACUUCCCCAGCUCUGUGCUCUUUAUCAAAGUGCUCCUUCCCAAAGACGAGAUGUACACGCCACCCAUUGUCCUGAAGGUGAUCGACCACCGCCCGUUCGGCAGGAAGCCCGUUGUGGGUCAGUGCACCAUCACUUCCCUGGAGCAGUUCAGAUGCGACCCAUAUGUCAUCACCGCAGAGGGAGCCAUGGCUUCCAAAAUGGCUCUGAUGAUGGCUUCUCCAUCAAAGCACAUCUCAAUCGACAUGGGGGAGAAAACACCGCUCCUGGAAGCUCAGCUGGCAGAGAAGGAGAAAGAGACGGUGGACUGGUGGAGUAAAUUCUACGCUUCCAUCGGAGAUCAGGAGAAAUGUGGGCCUUACCUCAAGAAAGGAUAUGACACCCUGACAGUGUAUGACAGUGAACUGGAGAAUAUCCCAGAAUUCCACGGGCUGACAGAUUUCUGCAACACCUUCAAACUGCAGCGAGGCAAGAAUGAGAACGGGGACGAUGACCCCACAGUGGUCGGAGAGUUCAAGGGUUCAUUCAAGGUGUACCCUUUGCCGGAUGACCCGGGCAUCACCCCUCCUCCCCGUCAGUUCAGAGAGCUACCGGAGAGCGGGCCGCAGGAGUGUCUGGUCAGGAUUUAUGUGGUCAGAGCUAUAGACCUGCAGCCCAAAGACAACAACGGCAUGUGUGAUCCAUACAUAAAGAUAUCACUGGGAAAGAAAACAAUUGAAGACAGAGACAAUUACAGACCCAAUACCAUCAACCCUGUGUUUGGAAGGAUGUUUGAGAUGACCUGCUUCCUGCCCCAGGACAAGGACCUGAAGAUCUCCGUCUACGAUUACGAUCUUCUGAGUCGUGACGAAAAGGUUGGCGAGACGGUAAUCGACCUGGAGAACCGCUUCUUGUCCCGAUACAACUCCUACUGCGGCGUGCCACAAUCCUACUGCAUUUCUGGUGUCAACCAGUGGCGGGACCAACUGAAGCCGUCUCAGAUCCUGGAGAACCUGGCCCGUCUGAAAGGCGUGUCCAAACCUAGGACCGAGGACAAUGGCACCACACUCACCUUCAACGGCAAAACCCACACACUGGCUGAGUUCGAGGGCAACAAGGAGAUCCAUCAACACUUGGGUCCGACCAGGGAACGGAUCUGUCUGCACGUGCUCAGAACACAGGGACUGAUCCCGGAGCAUGUCGAGACCAGGACCCUUUACAGCAGCUUCCAGCCCACGCUCUCACAGGGACAGCUUCAGAUGUGGGUGGAUGUCUUCCCCAAAAACAUUGGUGUUCCUGGACCUCCCUUUGACAUCACACCACGCAAGGCUAAGAAGUAUUUCCUGCGUGCUGUCAUCUGGAACACCACUGACGUGACUCUGGAUGAGACCAGCAUCACCGGAGAACACAUGAGUGACAUCUAUGUCAAAGGCUGGAUGCCAGGUAUGGAGGAGAACAAGCAGAAGACUGAUGUGCACUACAGGUCUCUGGACGGAGACGGAAACUUCAACUGGAGGUUCAUCUUUGACUUUGACUACCUGCCCGCCGAACAGCUCUGUUUGGUGUCGAAGAAGGAGCAUUUCUGGAGUCUGGACAAAACAGAGUUCAGGAUACCUCCCAAACUGAUUGUCCAAAUAUGGGAUAAUGACAAGUUCUCAUUGGACGAUUACUUAGGUACCCUGGAGCUGGAUCUGCGUAACCUGAUCCCUCCGGCCAAGACGCCAGAGAAGUGCACCCUGGAAAUGAUGGAAGCUCUUGAUGCAGGAGCACCACACAAGUCAGAGCACGCCAAGUCUCUGUUCGCUCAGCAGUCUGUCAGAGGCUGGUGGCCCUGCUCCAUUGAACAAGAUGGGAAGAAGGUCCUUGGUGGGAAGGUGGAGAUGACACUGGAGAUUGUAAGUGAAACUGAUGCGGAUCAGAAACCUGCAGGGAAAGGCAGAGAUGAACCAAACAUGAACCCAAAACUGGACCCUCCCAACCGUCCAGACACCUCCUUCUUUUGGUUCACCAAUCCCUGUAAGACCAUGAAGUUCAUUGUGUGGCGAAGGUUCAGGUGCCUCUUCAUUGGACUCCUCAUUCUGUUCAUAGUGCUCCUCUUCGUUGCCAUCCUGUUGUACUCAUUACCGAACUACAUCUCAAUGAAGAUAGUGAAGCCACUAUGAUUAUGAAAACACCACAAUGAGGAGGAGAAAUGGAACCAAGGGCAACUUACAACAGGAAACACACACAAACUGGACGACUACUGCUCAACCACAUUACUAACAUUUUUUUACUGCUUGUAUUUUUGAAUAAGGCCUAACUGACCAGGGGAGAGUGAACCCCACUCUCUUAAUUGCACCUUUUUGCUACAUCCGCAUGCUACAUAUUGUACACUCUUCCUACACAACUGGACUGUGAUGGACAUGCGAGAAGAGCAAUAAAAUACCAACUGUAUGUCUGUGAUUUGCCCUUGGAAACCUCUGUGGGUAUCACAGUUAUACAGUAUAUCCCUAUUCACUACCCGUUAAGGUAGUAACUAUGUUUUUAAAAAAAGAGCUUAUCUUUUGUAAGUUACUUUUCACAGAUAUUUUAAAUGGAACUUAUUAAACUGCAUUCAAAAGA